UUGGGGAAGCCAAAUGGCAUGACAUUGUCUAAUUUUAAAAAUUUGGUGAUCAAUUCUGACAUGGAUGCAGUAACAAUUACUAAAUGUACCGUUUGUGAGUCACAGUUCAUUGUUAAAACUGCUGUGAAGUGGUGUUUCGAAUGUGAUGAGGCAUUUUGUUCUGACUGCUUAAAGUAUCAUAGCAACACAAAGUUAACAAAAACCCACGCUGUCAUUGAUGUCAGUGAUUUGCAAGAGCUCCCGAAAUUCGUAUUAAAUAUAAAACACCACUGCGAAGAACAUGAGGCACUUUUCCAGAACUAUUGCUUAAGUCAUGAAAGGCCAUGCUGUAGGAAAUGCAUCAAUUCGACCCAUAAGAACUGUACAGAUUUGCCACCUCUCGAUGAAGCAAUCAAAAACGUUCGCUCUUCAACAGCAUUAGAAGACUUACCAGAGCGUCUGCAAAAUCUAAAAAAGUAUUUGGAAGGUAUAUGUCAUGAAAAAGAGUCAAACGCGACAAAAAUAAGAACCCAGGCGAAAAAUAUUCUUACGCAAAUUACGUCCAUUCGACUUAAAUUGAAUCAGCAUUUGGACGGGUUAGAAAGAGAAAUUCGUCAAAAAGUAUUUCAGCUUGAAAACAAAUCACUGAACAGCAUAGAGAAAAUAUUACAAGAAUUAAAAGUCAAGGACAUAAGGAUAGACGAACUAUCCAAUGGCUUCAAAAAAAUGAGAACUCAUGCGUCAGAACUUCAGAUUUUUCUCGGAACGAAAGAGUGCGAAUUAGAAAUAUACAAACAUGAGAAAGAAAUCGAGGAUUUACAAAGAGGUCUUUCGUUGUACCUCAGCAGCAUCAAUUUCCAUGAAAAUAGUAAAAUUUCUGCGUUCAAUUUCGACGUUACGUCUUUAGGUGAUCUUGAUAUAGAGGUAACACCAUCAAUGACGAAAUACCUUAAACAAAAGGAACAACAAGGUCAGAAUUUAAUUGAGAGAAAAGGGUUUGAUGACAUUGAACUGAAUUUGGUAACACAGCUAACCUUUAAAGGAAAAAAAGUAUUCGGAACUUCAAUUUUAGAAAAUGAUAUUGUAUGUUUUGCUGAUCGCAACACAAAUGUUUUGACUGUGAAAACCACUAAUGAAUCGAUGGUGUUCAGGAUUGAACUUCCCACUACAAUAUAUGGCAUUGCGUGUAUAAACGACCAAACAUUAGCUGUAACAACAGGCUAUAACGAAAAUAAGAUCUUAGUUGUCAACCUUAUGAAAAGGUCAGUUGAGAAAAUUAUAAAAACAGAGAACUACUGCUGUGGAAUAUCAUUCUCCGAUGGAAAAUUGAUACACAAUUCAUCUAAAUUGGGACUGCUCUCCCUUAAUCUUGAGAAUGACAUAGUUACCAAGCUUGAUAUUGGAUAUCGGAGUCCUGAUGUAUAUGUUGCAUUGCAUGAUAACAAAAUAUAUUGUACCGAUAAUACAAGUUCAUCAGUACGUUGCUAUAAUUCUGAUAAAACGCUUGCUUGGGAAUUGAAUGACAAACUGUUGGUCGGACCACGAGGUAUAGCAGUCGAUAAAAAUGGUAUCGUUUAUGUCGGUGAUCAGGACGGUGGAAACGUGGUUAUUAUCUCCCCCGAUGGAAACAAACACAAAGUGAUAAAGAUCGAUAGCAUUUCUAAGCCUAGGACACUUAGCUUUAAUAAAGCAAGGACCCGAUUGCUUAUUUGCGGCGUGGAUGGUCAAUCGGGUAUUUUUGUUACCACGUAAUAUAAAUGUAAAAAAAUCUCUCUUUUGUUGUGGCCUCUUGUCUUUUUAUUGCAUGUAAACAUAUGACUGGUAGAACAUUGCACGGAGUGUGUUACAAACAAGUAAUACGAAACUGCUUUGAUUUGAUUGGCGUAUCUAACAUCAAUAGACGAUAUUACCAUCGUUGGGUCAUUGACCAAUUUUAAUGUUUACGGUGAUAUAAAUUUCAUCCAUUACAAAAUAUAUGUAGAAUUUCUUUUAUGGUAUACCAAACACUCGCACUUUGAACUUGAAAAUCUUCUUAGUGUCGCAGCUGAUGAUUCUUUUGUAGACGAAACGCGCGUCUGGUUAUAAAACUGUAAUUCUUGUUCAUAUGAUGAGUUUAUAUCCAC